UCUGCAAACCUUGUCACCCUACAUCCAUCAUCCCCCAGCCAUGGACAGCUCCACGGCACCCUCCGCCUCCCCAUCCCCACCUAUUUAAGUCCUUCUUCCCUAUCGAGUACCUUGUUCCUCGCCCUCCUCCACGGGCGGCCGCAAUCGGCACGCAGUAUUUCGCAAGUAUUGACGCGUCGAAAGGAGUCAUGAUUGGCAUAGAAAGCGUCCAUCCCUCAACGCGCUACACAUUCGCCCAUCUGCCCAUCAAAAGCAAACAACGCCUCCGCCACCAGGGCACGGAAGGCACAAGUGGCCAAUGCCGAUCGGUGACAUUCUCGAAGAGGAUUCUUUUGUCGAUGAGACAUUGCCCUCCAUCUUUCCUCCCGGCAAACAGGAGGAACGAGCGGGACCAAAGUUGACAAUGCUGGGAAGAUCAAUACGCCCGCAGGUCGAGCUGCCUUGCCUGAAAUGGGAUCUGUAAUCAGGUACUUGAAUGGGGUUCAAAAAACUCUAUACCCAGCCUUGAGGAAGAAUUCCCCAACAAUGCUCAAUACUAUCCGACCUGCUGAUGGCCGAUGUCUCCGUGGAUCAAUUGAAAUUACAAAUCAUUCGUCCGUUGUUUGGUUAGCAUCGGUAAACAGCGUGCACUUCAAGACGUGCGCCAGCUUGAAAUCCUUCUUAAACCCAGCUGUUGCCUCGAUCUGAACAUGUCUUCCCACCAAUUUUUAUAUUCCUCCCCGCCUUUGCAACGGCUCGGCAUUUACUGCCUAACCUCGCUCUUUACGUAUCUUAUUAGUAGUAAUCCCAUCCAUGCUCCUCUUUCUCUUUCUCUUCCUCUCUUCCCUUAUUUUUGUCCACUCGGUUGCCAUUACUCGAACUAAUAGCAGUGGUUGCUCCAAGACUAUACUGGGUUUCACUGCAACUGGAUACGAGACUAAUAAUGGAGCGUGCCGUUUUACCGUAAGGUAUGGCAAAGCUGACCGAUGGGCCGACUCCGUGCUUGCUACGGACUACAGCAAUCAGACUUUUGCAUCUCUCCCACCCUCCUGUCCCCAAGACGCUGGGACCUAUGUUACUGGUAGCAGCCAGUCGGAAGACUGUCUAUUUGCAACGGUAUAUAUGCCUCAAGGCGAUGCACCUACUGGCGGCUGGCCCACUUUUGUCUGGAUUCACGGUGGUUCCUUCGUCGAGGGCGGCGCCUCCGGCCCAGGUCUGGAUGGUUCUAACCUUGCUGUCAAGGGUGACAUGAUUGUCGUUGUUCUACAGUACCGUCUUGGUGUCCUCGGUUUCAUUCCUCCCACUUCCGUUAACACUACCGACGAUCCCAACCUCGGUUUGAAGGACGUCAUCCUUGGCUUGAAAUCUAUCAACCAGUAUAUCGAGUAUGCUGGUGGUAACCGAGCAGAAGUCACUAUUGGUGGACAAAGUUCUGGUGCUGGUUUGAUUCGAGCUCUUUGGGGUGCACCUGCUGCGGCUGGCUUGUUCAGGGCAGCCAUUCUUCAGUCCGACCCAAUGUCUUACGGCUUCGCGAGUCACGAUAUCACCACCAACAUCCAAACGGCCUUCUACUCCGCAUCCCCCAUGUCGUCUUGCUCUACUAUCGAAUGUUUGCGGGAGAUCCAUGUGUCUACUCUGAUUGCCGCUCAGGAUACCAUUGUCGCUACUGUCCCUUAUACCAUCUGGGGUGUACCCUUCAGCGAACCUAUUCGACCUACAUGGGGCACCGCUAGUCUUCCCGUCGAUCCCACCUCCUCGUUAUUCAAUUCGCCCUCUGAUCUGACAUUCACUCCCAACUCCCUGCCUCUUCUCAUCACUACUGUCAAGAACGAAGGUGGCUCCUCCAUUUCCUCCAUCUUUCCCACUCACGUCCCUCUGUCAAAUGACACAUACUAUGCUACAGCCGCUGCUCUCGUCGGCACUGACCGUGCUGAAGCCCUUGUUUCCAGUCCUUAUUAUGCUCUUCCCAGCGCCAACUCUUCAGACAGCUAUGGCCCCGAUGGAGAUACCUUCCGUGAGACGUUUGAGCGUGCUGUAACUGACGGGACUUGGAAGUGCCCAAAUAGGGAUGUUGCUCUCAAGUGGAAAGAAGCCGGCGGAAAGGUUUGGGUUGGGGAAUGGAGGCAAGGAGUGAGCUAUCCUGACAAUGACUCGGGUUACUGUCAAAAGACUGGGGUUGUUUGCCAUGAGGACGACAUUUACCCAACUUUCGAUACCGCUUCUUCAGCUUCUACCAACACUUCAGACUUUGAGGAUAGCAUUCUCUCGCACUGGGUGGCAUUCAUCACUAGUCUUGAUCCCAACCCUUCCUCAUCAUCCACCAAACGCGCUUGCACCAUUCCCACUCAAUCUUCUCAUAGUUCACACUACUCUUAUGAUACUCACGAUUCUCACGGCCACGGAUCCAACUGGUGGAAACGCUCCUCUACUCAUUGGGAAGAAUAUAGCUCUCAGACGGACGUAUAUCCUCUUGGAGGUGAUGGCGAAAUCAGUCUUUGCCCCAGUGGAUUCUGGGGCGUCGAAUCCAAAUAUGAUUGGCAGUUAUACGGGUAGGCCCAGGUGAUUCAUUGCUCCGACUCUGUAGUUUGCGUAGGGAGUGUUGUAGAAUGGUAGUAAUAGUGCUGUGUAAUUGCGGAGGGAAAUGGACAGUACUCUAGACGAUGUUGACGAUGAUGAUAUCUUGUUAUGCAUGUUAAUAUG